AAAAUCAGCUGCAAUUUAGUUUUACCGUAAACUUUGUCGGAAAUGGAUAGUUAUCCAAAAAACUUGGUCGAUCAGUAUUUAAAAACAUCUACAAAACUUAAGAAAAUCGAAAAAGCAGUGUUCAAACGUUUCGGACCGAAUGUCUCCGAGGUAUUGGAUGACUAUGGCCGCUUGGCCAUAAAAUUUGAAGAAGCUGGCAUCUACCAAUAUGCCGCCAUGUGUCAGCUGGGUGUGGCAAAGUGUGAAAACUAUUUACAAAACUCCAUGGCCGAGUGUCAGGCUUUGCUAAAAGCAGCACGAUUAUUUUUAAAGGCCCACGAAGAAAUGGAGUCUUUGCUGUUGAGAUCUAAUCGUGACGAGUAUAGGGAAACGGCAUUGCAUUGUUUUACCCAGGCUGUGGAGAAAUGUCCUGAUGAUAGUGUUAUUAAGGCAGCCAUUAUACGCGAAAUGACUCCUUUACAGCCUCACUAUGAGGUGACUAGUACUUUUAACUCGCCGGCUCAUCGUAUAUACGAGCUAGAAUUGGCUACUGAACAGUGUUUAAAGAAUCACGACUAUCUCAAGGCUUUACAGCAGCUAGAUGAUAUUGUGGAUAAUAUUUAUGAGCGUAAAAAGCAACAUCUCUAUCAAGAGGUUUUGGCUAGAGUGGAAAUCCUCAGAGUUUUACUAUUGGUGGCCCUAACAUUGCCACCGGCACGCCAGACACCAGCUCACAUCAAGCUUAUAGAGUUCUAUGCUCAAUUGGCUGAGUUUCAAGCUGAAGAAACGCUUGUGCCCAGUCCUAACCAUUCACCAGUGCAUGAGGUACACUCAUUUGCCUCCUGGCGUCCCGGUUCAUAUUUAACACAAUUUCAAAAAUUUGCUUUGGCUGAGAUUAUUUUAGCCUGGCAUUUGAAUAAGCCGCGUGAUUUAAAAGUAGCUUUACAAGAAUUUCGUCAUAAUUUUAUAUCUUUGUCGGAACCGCAAAGAUUUCUUAUAAAUAGUAUUAUACAGAAAGUCGAUAAGAAGUGUUGAGAGACAUGGCAAGAUGAUGAUUAAAACAAAAAGGUUUAAGUCAAGUAACACAAGAUUUUUUAGCAAGAUACAUUAAUAAAAAAAAUACAGUUUCAAAAAGUAACAA